AUGUCCGACCCAUCUCCAACCUUUGACAUUCCCAAGGAAGGCUGGGGCGCCGUCGUGAAGAAUGAGGGGCCAGAUUUUUAUGUCGAGGUCGAGAAAGUCCCGGUGCCAGAAGUUGGACCCGAAGAUGUCUUGAUCAAAUUGAAUGCCACGGGCCUCUGCCUUAGCGAUAUCCACUUCAUGCUCAACGACUGGGGUAUGCCCAAGAUGUCGGAGCUAGGAGUCAAGUGUGCCGGUCACGAAGGUGCCGGUGUCAUUGUCAAGGUUGGUGAAAGAGUCAAGGGCUACAAAGUCGGACAGCGUGCGGGCAUCAAGCCCAUUCUAGACGUCUGCCAUACAUGCGAGUACUGCAGAACGGGAAGGGAAACUUACUGCUUGGGAGCUAUCUACACCGGGGGCCAAGCUGAUGGCUCUUACAAACAAUAUAUCACAUGCCCAGAGCGGUACACCACCCUCAUUCCGGACGGUGUUUCUGACUACGUUGCCGGUCCGGUCAUGUGCUCUGCUUCAACGACCUACAGUGCUAUCAAGAAUUCGGAACUGAAACCUGGUGACUGGGCUGUUUUCCCCGGCGGAGGUGGAGGUGUCGGUAUUCAAGGUGUCCAACUUGCGCAUGCGAUGGGAAUGCGUCCAAUCGUGGUGGAUACAGGCGAUGAGCGACGGGAACUUUGCAAGAAGCUUGGUGCCGAGCAUUUCAUCGACUUCAAGGAGGAGUCGGAUCCCGUCAAGAAAGUGGUUGAGCUUACUGGUGGUGGUGCACAUGGUUGUUUUGUCACAGCCGUGCAGUCGUAUCCGAUCGCCCUCGGCUACCUCGGACAUCGUGCUAACGCAAAGGUCAUGUGCAUCGGCAUUCCUCCGGCAGGCAAGUACAACAUUGAAGUUGCCCCUGCCUCGUUGAUCUUCCGAGGUCAAUCAAUCAGAGGCACGCUGGUCAGCACCCUUGCCGAAAUCGACCAGACUCUGGAAUUUGCCCGACGAGGCAAACUUCGACUGGAACCUACCGUGGUUGGAUUGAGCAAAUUCAACGAAUCAGUGCAGAAAUUGAAAAACGGCCAAGUCGCGGGACGAAUUGUGGUUGACUUCAACAUUCCGUGA